CCGCUAAAAAUCAAUCCCAAACCACCUCCCCAACAACCAAUCCCGAAACAGAAAAAGAACAAGAGGAGUUUAAUAAAGAAUAUGAAGAGGCUAAAAAACAAGCCGAACAAGAAAGCCAAAAUCAAAACCCCAACUCCACUCCUACUGAAAACAACAAUCCCGACCAACCCAAUCAACCUCUUAAUCAAGAACAACCAACCAAUAAUCCUCUUCCCGCUCCUAAAAUUAUUCAAGAAAACUACAAUAACGACAAAGAUAAAUCCACCAUUGAAAAUAAUGAUAACUUAACCACUUCCGAACAAAAAGAACAAUCCGAAGCAUUAUUGAAAUUAAUCAUUGAAGCAGAACUCCUAAUCAAAGAUAACCAAUUUAAUAGUGAAACUUUAUCUAAACUAAUUCAAGAAAAAGAACAAAAUACGGAAACUUAUCAACUCCUCAAUGAGGAGGGAAAAAUAGAUAUAGAAAGUAUUCAAAAGCAAAAGAAUAAUAAUAAAUCAUUAGCCAGUCAGAAAGAUAAGGGUAGGCAACUCCUCCUGGCUGGAAUAAUUAUCGGUACUUGA